AUGGCUUCCACAACCCGCCAAUUCGCCCGCACGGCGGUGCGGACCACAACUCGGAGCACCUUCGCAACAGCAGUUCCACGCACGUUCCGCCAGAGCGGCCGUCGCUUCUACUCUUCUGAGCCCCCAAAGUCCUCGUCCAACCCCCUCCUCUGGGCUGCCGGUGCCGCCGCAGCUGGUGGCGCCGGAUAUUACUUCUGGAGCCAGAACAGCGCCCCUGCCACGCCCAAGGUCUUCAACCCCACCAAGGAGGAUUAUCAGAAGGUGUACAAUGAGAUAGCCUCGAGGCUCGAAGAGAAAGACGACUACGAUGAUGGGUCGUAUGGCCCAGUUCUCGUGCGAUUUGGCGUGGCAUGCGAGCGGGACUUCCUGGAGCCUGUGAAAGCCAAGUUCCCCUGGAUCACCUAUUCCGACCUCUGGAUCUUGGCUGGAGUGUGCUCCAUCCAAGAGAUGCUGGGCCCCAAGAUUCCUUAUCGGCCUGGUCGUUCCGACAAGGACAUCGCCGCUUGCACUCCUGACGGUCGUCUCCCUGAUGGCUCCAAGACACAGGACCACCUCCGAAACAUCUUCUACCGGAUGGGCUUCAACGACCAGGAGAUCGUUGCUCUCUCCGGUGCACACGCCCUUGGCCGGUGCCACACCGACCGCAGCGGCUUCGACGGGCCCUGGACCUUCUCUCCCACGGUGCUGACAAACGACUAUUACAACUUCCUGGUCAACACCAAGUGGGAGUACAAGAAGUGGGAUGGCCCCCGCCAGUUUGUCGACAAGGACACCAAGUCGAUUAUGAUGCUUCCUGCCGACAUGGCCCUUGUGCAGGACAAGAAGUUCAUGGAGUAUGUGCAGAAGUACGCCAAGGACAACGAUGCUUUCUUCAAGGACUUCAGGGACGUCGCCGUCAAGCUGUUCGAGCUCGGUGUCCCAUUCGCCGAGGGUACCGAGAACCAGCGUUGGGAAUUCAAGUCGACACAGGAGUAG